AUGGUUUCCAAGAAAGAUAUGCGCAGAGGCGAUCUCAUCGUCCCCUAUACCGAGCCAGCAAAUGCAAAGAGCGAUUCUGAUCUCACUGGUGUCUUCGGAAGCACACUCCCUAUGGCUGCUAUCUUCACCAGAAACAAGAUGAUCGGUUGGGUUGCUGUCAUCCUCGCCGUCCAGAACUGGCUCUCAGAAACUCCCGAAUCCAAGAAGAAUGGUGCUACUCCUGGAUACAUGACCGUCGGCAUGGCUCUCAUGUCAACUGCCGUUGCAUACCUCCCUCUCUUCAUGCCUCCGAUCGCAGCACCUGGUGCCGGAAGUGGUACUGAAGCACCUGCUGCUGCCGCUGUCCCUACUCCUUGA